AUUGCAAUUACAAUGGUUACAAUUUAAUGUUAAAUUUUGCUUAAAAAAAUUAUAAUUUAUUAUGGUUAUCGAUGUGAAUGAUAUAUGAAUGUGAUUGUUAUGCUAAAAAAUCAACAUUAUUUAUUAAAUUUCUUAAUCGUUUAUUUUCAAAAUAAAUGUGGAAAAAUUAUCUCUACGAUACUUAUGGAAUACGCAUAAUUUAUAAUGGAAGGCAUUAACAAUUUGGAACAAUUUCUUACUGAUAUUUGGCACGACAUUGCCAAUCUCGUGUACGAGUCCACAGUCUAUAUAGAUCAUGCAGCGACAGAAUGUCUACACUGGCAUACUGGUGGCAAGAUAUCCUCUUUUUUUAAGGAUGCUGGUGCAAUAUCAAUUUAUGAAUUGGCUAUGUACAAUUUCCAUUAUGUGAAAGUAAAGAACUGUAAAAAGGCAGUUAUUAUUUCAACCUCCAACAAUUCAGCUUUUUAUCACCGCACAGUUAAAAUGAUAAUGGAGAAAAAUGCAUUUGAUUGUUGUACAAUCAUCACUGCUGCCCAUCCAAAUGUACUGAAUUAUGAGGACACAGUAUCAUUAGAGGACAGAGUAGAUUAUAUCAAAUUGAAAAGAGAUAUAGAAAAUUGGAUGUAUUCUAAUCAGCAGGAAUGUUCGAUGGCAAUACUUUUUCGACCAAUUUUUAUUUGCUCAAUUGACAAUGGUUUUUUCUUGACACCACCUUUCAAUGAUCUAUUACCUCCUUUAAAUAGUACGCUAGUAAAAGAUUCCGAGCACAUGAUUGAUCAUUUCAUAAGUUUACUUAACAGUUUUUUUAUGCACUUAAAUUUGAAAGAAGACAUCUACUCGAUUGGGAAGUUUAGCGAAUAUAUUGCUGCAAAAUUAGAAAUGUCACAGACAGCUAUUACUCGUAGAAAUAAUUUAGGGGGUGCAAAAGACAGAGGAGUGUCUUUAAUUUUCGUCGACAGAACAUUAGAUCUUUGUACUCCUACCAGUAAUAAUACUGAAUCGUUACUGUCCAGAAUAUUGUGCACUUUGCCUCAUUUACCUCAUCACUACAAUGAUGUCGCAAUAAACAUGUCUCCUCUAUUUUGUAGUUUGCAGGAACCUAUUGAGGUACCAGGAUGUUUAGCCAGCAAUGACAGUAGUCUAAUGAAUAUAUUAAUCACGAAAAAACAAAAAGAGGUAUUGACUACCAUUAACAAAAUGCUCAUCGACAUUCUAUCAACGAAAGAAAAUGUAAAAUUAAAAGAGAAUCUCAAAGCAAAACUGACAACGAGGAUUUCCGCUCAUAGUUUAGAGAAACUUGUAAAUAAAUUCAAAGAUAUAGACGAUCUCCAUAUUAUAUCGGAAUCAAGUAAAAAACUUCAAGUGGUGCUAGGAAUUAUACAAGCCCUAACAUCGGAAAAGACUUCCCAAUUAGAGCUGCUGAUUAGUCUUGAGAAAUUAGUUUUGCAAAACAUAGCUAUCAGUCGUGAUUCUACAAACGUGCUUGGGCAAUUCAGUAAUAUAAUAAAAACUCGCGAAACGAGAGGCUUAGAUACUGACAAUAUAUUGGCACUCUUGGUGCAUAUUUAUGCAUUUGUUGGAACUGAAAUACAAUUCUCUUCUCAGCAAGAGGAACAAUUGAAAGAAACCAUAGCUGACGCUAUAUUUGAGGAUAUCACGAAAUUAAAUGAAAACAGGAUGGAUAGCAAGAUAUCGGUGUAUCAGCAAACUUUAUUGCUUUUUGGUACUGCUGAUGCCGAGAUUUUGAAGAAAACUUCUACAAAAAUGGCGGAACACAUUAUAAGUACUCUACGUGAAGUAGCUCAGCAACGCACUUUUCUGUCUGAUUAUACGUAUGAAACUAUAUCGCGCAUUUUUAAUAUAGAUAAUUCAAGUAAACGAGAAAUUUACUUUGAAGUCGAAUAUAUAUCGCAUAUCUCUAAUUUUUAUAUUUUAUAUUUUGAAUUGUGUGUAUUUUAUGUUCUUAGUAUUCAUGUUUUAUAUUUGUGGAAUGAUCAGAAUUAUUUCAUUUAUAUUUUUUAUAGAUCUUUGAUGUCUAAAUCGAGUUCUCAAGAGAUAGUUCGACGUGUUGGUAUCUUGCAACAAUUACUAACAGAUGUGCUCCAUCCAGAUAGAUAUGAACUUCUUGAUUUACACCAGAAAUCAUCUUCAUUUAUGUCUGCUGGUUUAAACUUAUUCUCAAAAGGAAGAAUGAGACAUCAUCCAUGUGAUAAUAAUUGGAUUAUUAUUUAUGUCGUUGGUGGCAUAACACCAGAAGAAGUAAAAGAGACGAAAGAAAUUAUAUCAUUAUUCAAUCCCAAUUGCCAAAUAACAAUGGCAAGUACAAAACUGUUAAAUCCGUUAGAUAUAGUAGAUAAUGUUCUUCUAUCAUCAAUUGAUUUUUAAUUAAAAAUAUGUUACUUCUAAUAUUCUUAUAUCAUUGAAGAAUCCACUUUAUGCCAGAGUCAAAAAUUGAAUAACGAAUCUGUCUUACGUUCUUGGCGGAUUGUAUGUUUGCAAUAAAUUCGUGAGUUACAGUAUUUUUA